AUGCACUACACCAGCACCUUCUCGUUCCUUCUCGCGGUCGCCCCGGCGGCCGUGUUUGCCCAGUCCGCUCUCUGGGGACAGUGCGGCGGCCAAGGCUGGUCGGGUGCCACGUCCUGCGUGUCUGGCGCGACCUGCGAGAAGGUCAAUGACUGGUACUCGCAGUGUGUGCCCGGAACUGGCGGUGGUGGCAACACCGGCGGCGGCGGCAACAACGGCGGCGGCUCCGCUGCCGGUGGUCUACACGACAAGUUCAAGGCUAAGGGGAAGCUCUACUUCGGAACCGAGAUCGACCACUACCACCUCAGCAACAGCGCCUUGACCACCAUUGUCAAGAACAGCUUCGGUCAGGUCACCUGCGAGAACAGCAUGAAGUGGGAUGCCAUUGAGCCGAGCCGCGGUUCAUUCAACUUCGGCAAUGCUGACAAGGUUGUCGACUUUGCCACGGCCAACGGCAAGCUUAUCCGUGGACACACCCUUCUCUGGCACUCUCAGCUGCCGCAGUGGGUGCAGAACAUCAACGACCGCAACACCUUGACCCAGGUGAUCCAGAACCACGUCACCACCAUGGUCACCCGCUACAAGGGCAAGAUCGUCCAGUGGGAUGUCGUCAACGAGAUCUUUGCUGAGGACGGCUCGCUCCGUGACAGCGUCUUCAGCCGUGUCCUCGGCGAGGACUUCGUCGGCAUUGCUUUCCGCGCUGCCCGUGCUGCCGACCCGGCCGCCAAGCUCUACAUCAACGACUACAACCUUGAUAUUGCCAACUACGCCAAGGUCACCCGCGGCAUGGUCGAGAAGGUCAACAAGUGGCUGUCCCAGGGCGUCCCCAUCGACGGCAUUGGCUCCCAGGCCCACUUGGCCGCUCCCGGUGGCUGGAACUCUGCCUCUGGCGUCCCUGCCGCCCUGAAGGCUCUCGCUGCUUCCAACGUCAAGGAGAUUUCCAUCACUGAGCUCGACAUCUCUGGUGCCGCUGCCAACGACUACCUCACCGUCAUGAACGCCUGCCUCAGCAUCUCCAAGUGUGUCGGUAUCACCGUCUGGGGCGUCUCGGACAAGGACAGCUGGAGGGCGAACGACAACCCGCUCCUGUUCGACCGCAACUACCAGCCCAAGGCUGCGUACAACGCUCUGGUCAACGCUCUGUAA